CCUUUCGCUCCACCAAGCAGCCCCGUUUUUUCCACUUGUCCUUUCCAGAUCAGCUGUCACUUUUCCCUUACCUUUCUUUCAUUCUCCUUUGCCCUCUUUUCCUUCCCGCUUCCAUUUCCCGCCUCUCCCCUUUUUCUUCCGCUCUUCCGUUUCCCUCUUUCUCCCGUUCGCUGCGGCUGGUUCUCAGGCGAACCCCCGCCUCGCAGCUGAAGGCACCAUCUCAUCACAGUAGCUUUCUCAGCGUCGCACCUCCACCAACCACUACCUCCUCCCAGUCAAAGGCCAGAGAUUAUUCAUAAACCGUGAAUCGGCGAUAUUGGGCACUUGAGCGAUAAAGGUACCGGCAGUGGAGACAGAUAUAGAGUUAAUGAUGCUCAUCAUUCAGAAAAUUUAGGUUUUUUUGCUCCAGUCAUAUAGAAACCACAUUUCUCCCCACUCUAUUGAACAAACUAAGCAGUUAAAAGAUUAGUCUUAUUGUCAAUUGAUCUUGACAUUGCCAUCAGUCUGUGUUCUUUGCAGUUAAGUUUAAACAGAUUGGAAGACAUGGAUUUUAACGAGGUAGAUGAAGAGGAAUUUGGAUUCUCAAGAAACUAUUUCUUGGCUAAAGAACUAGGUAGUUCUGGAAAAAAAUCUGCCCAUAAACUCUCUGAUAUCAAUGUAGUCGAUGAACAGGAACUCAGAGCAGCUGCAGCUAAUAUUGAACCAAAGCAUCAAAAAGACAUUACAGCUCUAAUAAAAAGUUACAAAUGCUUAUACCCAAAAUGGAUUUUUGAGCUAAGGUGUGGUUUUGGCCUUCUAAUGUAUGGGUUUGGAUCAAAAAAAGCGUUGCUUGAAGAUUUUGCUUCUACAGCUUUGACAGAGUAUUCUGUUGUUGUAAUCAAUGGCUACCUUCAAUCAGUUAAUAUUAAACAGGUUGUAAUAGGCUUGGCUGAGAUUUUAUGGGAACAAUUGAAAUCAAAACGAAGGAACUCAUCCGGGAACUUGCCUAAGGUUCAACAGCCAUUUAGUUCUCUAUCUAUGGAUGAUCUUUUAGCCUUUUUAGAUGGAUCAGUGAUGGAGUGUGAUAGUUUUAUAUGCAUUGUCAUUCACAAUAUUGAUGGGCCUGGGUUAAGAGAUUCUGAAACUCAACAAUAUCUCGCACAACUUGCUUCUUGUUCUAAUGUUCGUGUUGUUGCCUCUAUUGACCAUGUGAAUGCAGCUCUUUUGUGGGACAAGAAGAUGGUUCAUGCACAAUUUAACUGGUACUGGUUUCAUGUUCCUACAUUUGCACCAUACAAGGUUGAGGGGCUCUUCUUUCCUAUGAUUCUUGCACAUGGCAGUAGUAACCAGAGUGCCAAAACAGCCGCAAUAGUUUUACAGAGUUUGACACCUAAUGCUCAGAGUGUGUUCAGGAUUCUUGCAGAAUAUCAACUGUCUCAUCCUGAUGAUGAAGGGAUGGCAAUUGAUAAUUUGUACUCAGUCUCUCGAGAGCGUUUCCUUGUCAGUAGCCAGGUUACACUGAAUGCCCACUUGACUGAGUUCAAAGAUCAUGAGCUAGUCAAGACCCGAAGGAAUUCUGAUGGCCAGGAUUGUUUGUAUAUACCUCUUGCAACUGAGGCCCUUGAAAAGUUAUUAACUGAGAUCGGUUGAUAUAUAUGCUACUUUAGCCACUGACAACACAAGUGGAAGAAUGGAAUUAGAAAGUAGCAUGCAAGGUCAGCCUUGAAUCCAGUUAAAUCGGGAGACUCUCUAUCUUGGAGGCAACUUAGUUGUCUUUUGCAUGACCAAAUCUUAUAAAGACAUCUGCAAUGCCUCUUCAGUUUGUUAUGGCUUAAAUUUUGUCUGCACCACAUGCUGAUGCCUUUUAAACUUGAACAAUAUCUAACUGAUUGAAUGGGAGCUAAAGCUAAUCUUUUGGCCAGGAAUGAAUAUGUAUUGUGUGCUCUUUAAAUGCCCUUAUAUUUAUUCAGAUCUCUGCUUAAUGUGAAAGUUUUUCUGCUUAUGACUGCCAUCCUGUUACGGAGAAAUACUUCCAGUGCUGUUUAUCAAUGGAUCAUCUGAUCAACGGAAUUCUUUUCUUGAUGCUACUACUUUUCA